GAAUAGCUCUAUUUUAGAGAUACUUUGGCGAAAAAUCUCUUUUAAAUGUUCAUAAUAAUUAUUUCUAUGACUUAAAGAAUUGAAGUCGUUGACAAGGAUGUGUCAUCUCAAGUAUGUUUCAUAUGCAAAAUACCUGCUAAUUGUAAAAAAACAAAAAAGAUUAAAAAACCGAUCAUGUUUCACUGUUUGUUAUUAUAACUGUCAUGUUCCGAAGUAUAUUAAUUCAGACACUUCGUCUUUUAACUUUAAACCGCGCUUAGAGAUUGAAGGUUUUUCUCCGUUGCCCCCUCAGGUUGAAACCUCUUUUCGUGGUCUUCAUAGCUCAAUAUUUCUGUCGAGAAGCCCGAAAACCACUGAAACUACAAUAUUGACGGGAAGAGGAUCUUCAGAAAAAACAAUUACGGUGUCUUAAGUCCGGGCUCUUUCUCAGGGGAGAAUCUAAAAUACUGAAAAGAGACAAGAAAAACUGGACAGAACGCUUCUUCAAUCAAGUGGAAUGGAUCAACCACAGUCUCUCGGCAAGGUUCCCACAUCUACAAACAUGAGCGCUGAUAUACUGCACAGUUCAAAAAGUAUCACCGAUCCUUGGUAUUGGAUAAGCGCUGCUUUGAUCGAGGUUCUUAUCUUGUUAGCGAACGGUGUUCUUGCAGUGAUCAUCAUAAAGUCCUCAAGACUUCAUCAUUCGGCCAACUGGUUCAUUCUUUCGCUGGCAGUGUCCGAUUUGUUCUUCGGAGUAGUGGUGAUACCAUCUACUAUGAUGUGCAAAGUUUGGCUGUCUUGCAACAAUGACGUGCAAUGGGUACUCUCUGAUCUUGUCGUUUAUGUAUCGAUUGCCAAUGUCUGUGUGAUGAGCCUUGAUCGUCUGGCCGCAGUCGAAUUUCCGAUGAGGUACCAGAUCAUGGUGGUGCCCCGUGUUAAGCAGUGGAUAAUUCUCUCCUGGGCGGUUCCCGCCAUUGUGUCAGUUGUUCCGUUCUGUUGGAUGUUUGCCCAAAGUGGCGCAGCCAUCGUGCAAAUAAACAAAAUAUUCCGCGCGGUGCAACUGCUAGUUUUCGAACUAGUACCAUGCUUAAUAAUGGUUGUCGUCCAUGGCCGUAUCUUUGCAAUACGCCGAAAACACACUCGACAAAUUGGUUUGCAACUAAUUCAACUAAGCGCGGCGUCGACUGAUUCAAUUCAUCGCAAACGCAGGAAACGCCCAAACUACAGAGCGAAGAAAUCAUUAGGAGUUACAGCCGCGUUGGUGUUCUUUUAUGUCUUUUGCUGGUUUUUCUCUGCGGUCUUGACAUCAUGCCGUCAUUUUGAAAUCUGUGAAGUUUCUGACGCAGCUCUGCUCGCGACUUCCCUGUUGGUCUUUCUUAACCCUGCAGUGAACGCUUUCAUAUGUUUGUUUAUGAAGACUGACAUUCGCAACGAGCUGCGGAAGGUUUUUUGAACGUUUUUGAGGACUCUUUUAAGGUGGCCGAACAGAGUUUUCGCGUGCGCUUUGGCUGAUGCAAUUCAGCGCGCGCACAAGGAUUGCAAAAAACAAACAUGCCGUCAAUAGCGCGAUCAUUUUAUUUA